UAUGUAUCAAACACACGCGCCAGAGUGUAGAACCCGUGACCGUGUUUAACCAUUUCGGUGUAUUUGUCAUACUCUCCCGGGUCGUGGAGUGGUGACGUCUGUACAUGCUUUACAUGACUGUCGGAAACAUCCCGACACGACUCCACGCCACAUCCGCAUCCACAUUCCACAGCUCCCCUUCAUCCCGCCAACAUCCCACCAAACACCCCGCCACUCCACCACUCCACCCCGCUCACCACCCGUAGCAACCAUCCACGAUGUCCGGCCGCCCGCUCCCUUCGUCGUUCGACGAUGACCCCGACUUCUACGAAGAAAACCGGCUCGCAAAGCUCGGCCGGCGGCUGAAGGAGGAGCCCUUGAUCCCUUUGGGCUGUGCACUAACCUGUUUCGCCCUCUACAAGGCCACACGCUCGAUCCGGUCCGGGAACAAGGAGCAGACGAACAAGAUGUUCCGGGCGCGGAUAUACGCGCAGGGGUUCACGCUGGUGGCGAUGGUGGGCGGCAGCUACUACUACCAGGAGCAGCGCGAGAAGGAGAAGUCGCGGGAUGCGACUAUUGCCGAGCGCAAGUCGAAGGAGAAGCAGCAGGCGUGGAUAAGGGAGUUGGAGGUUAGGGAUCGGGAGGAUCGGGAGUUGAUCGAGAGGGCGAAGAAGCUUUCGGCUAGGAGGUUAGAGGCGGAGAAACAGAUGAAGGAGGAGCAGGAGGCGGCGGCAGCGGCGGCGAAGGAGAAGCCGUGAGCUAGCCGUGCUGAGGGUUGGCAGAUUGUAGAAUAUAUUAUACAGGACGACGAUUUGCUUCUGUCAAUCAAAAUUGACAGCUUGGGAAUCAUAAG